UUAUACAAUCGGUCUCCGUAGCAACAGGUCGCAAACGCGCUGCGCUACUGUGCUGGAGUCGGCGCAUCUUAUGACUUCAUCAUCUUGUGUAAUACUUUAAAAAUAAAGUGUAAUUAAUAUGGAAAACGUGAAGACUGCUGAGGAGGCUUGUGAGAAGUCUGAUUUUCCCGGAAACGAAGACUCAGAAAUCAGGGCAUCUGCGCAGGAGAGUUUUCCUCUUGGAGAGGAGCAACAUGAAAAGGCGUGGAACCCUGAGAGAAUUUCAAAACUGGAGAGUGAUUUGCUGGCAUUAGUGAGCAACAUCCAAGUUGCAGCUGACGCGAAAGAAUCUUUGCGAAGGGAAGAGUUGGAGGAAGCUCGCAGGAUACGCUCAGAGCUGCUAGAGAAGGAAGUCAAAUCCAGCCAGGAGAAGUUUGAGGAGAUCACUAGCAGGUGGUCUCUGGCCAAAGAGGCGGUCAUCCCUCAGGAUCUGCAAGAGAUGUUAAAGUGGCAGCAGCUUUUGUGCGAGGAACUCAUUGAGGACAAGAAGAAAGUCAUUAAAGACCUGCAGCAGGAGUUGAAGAGCGGGGAUGAUCGCUAUGUAAAAGACUUGAGAAGGCAAGCAGAGGAGGUGGAUCUGAUGAUGCAACGCUCUGAAGAACUAAUCAGUACUGUGACACAAGCCUACAGGGAGGAAUUGGCCCAGAUUGAGAACAUAUACCGACAGGAAUAUGACGUCUUGCUUACAAAAGACCAGGCACAAUGGGAGCAGUGUGUCAAGAAACUGUGGGACCAACAGCAAGAGAUGCUGGAAGAGAGAAGGAGGACAGUAGAGGAGUACGAAGCCAAGAUUCACAACCUGAUGAUGGAUCCGGAAUAUAAAUAUGAUGCAAUGAGGGAUGAACAUGUUGCUAAAUUUCAGGAAUUGGAAAGGGAACAACAGCAGAUGAUGGCUGACAAUAUGAUCAGCAAUAUAAACUACAUCAAAGACAAGGAUGAUAAUAUGUGCAACUUGGCUCACAUGAAGAAGAGAAUUCUCAGUCUGCAGACAGAGCUGAAAAACCUUAAGCGCACCUACACGAACAGCAAGAAACAAUCAGAGAAGGAAAACAGUCGUUUGUCCGAUGAAUACAAACGCAGCAUUGAGCAAUAUCAAUGCAUGCAGCAGAGAAUCAGGCACUUUGCCGCCUCUGAUGCCAAACAAUUUGAGGAAACAUGGAGGAUGCUUGACAAGGAAGUGAGGCAGCAAGUGGAAAAGGCUUUGCUCAUCGAUGCCAUGAUUUGGAAGCAGGUCCUCGGUUUAGCUUGGGCGAGACCUCAAGGGAAUUCCUUUCUGGAUCUGGAUGAUCCAGACUGCCUUUGCAAACAAGCCAAUGUGGAACCCGGGCCGAUGGAUGGUGGGGCUGGGCCAUCAGAGGAAGAGAAGUUGCCCUUGGAGACCAUGAAGGAAGUCAUGGAACUGCUGUGUGAUGAGUCGGGCUUCCUCACAGAAGACCGACUCCCACUGUUGGCAACCUUAAACAAGAAGGAACAGAAUGUCGUCAAGCUGGAGGCUCUUCUCAAUAUUUUCGGCAUGGAUGAGGAAGCUAUACCCAGUUUGGCUAAUUUUAUCCUCAAGUACCAGCAGAGGGAGCCAGAUGAGGCUGCCUCUGCUGGUUCACUUGAAUGCAGUGACAAGUCCCAGGAUGGCGGCACCACUUCGGCAUGUAAUCCUAAUCACAUUUUACCUGCUCUUCGGGACUUCCUUAAGCAUCACAGCCACUUCAGGAACCAAACCAGCGGGCACCAUCACUACUGGAGCGCAGACAUGUGGGAUUCCUCAGAGGAUGAAGCCUACUGGGAAAGUUUAGCCAACAUUAUCACCAAAGAUAAACUCAAAGUGUGGGAUGCGGCAGAGAUCAUACUGAAAAAACACUUGUCAGUUGUUACUGAGAUUUCAGAUUGCCUCCCUGAAAUUGAGAGUCUGGAACAGCAGAAUACGGAACUUCGCACGCUGCUGCAACAAUCUGCUAGCUCAUGAGUAUAUGGCGGAAAACACAGACAAGACUGAAAAAGCAGUUUCUGCUUUUGCAACCCUCUUUAAAAUAAACUGCUGUAUUUUAAGCCAAAAGAACUGCUGUGUUUGAUAGAACAACAUGUCUAUAUGCUGCCAUAGCAGAUUCAUGGCGUAUUAAGCCCCCAAACUAUUUUUAAUUUGUCCGUUUUACCCUGAAGACCCACGUUUACAGACGUCGCGCAACCGCUUUUGUUUCAACCCAGCCAUAAA